AUGUCCUGGUUGGGUGUUCGGUUGGUGAAGCACACUUUGGUGGCCCUGGUUCUUUUUGGCAGCACAGUGCUUGCGCCUUGCUUAUUGCUUCUGCGCAAAAAAUGUGGGGCAACUUGCAUUGUUAGUGCGUUGACGCUUUUCACUGUGGGCAGUGCCUCGUUGCUGGGUGCUGCCGUGUGUCGGGGCUUGGACCGAGGUUCUCUGUCGCCCCGGAAGUGGAGGCUUCUUGUAGCUUCCGUGUGGAUCUUCAACCCUGUGCUUCUCACGAUUCUCGGCCUGCAAUUGUCUCGCUAUGAGAUCACGUGGUGGAGUGGAAUGCCUUUGGCCGUAGUGCUGGCCUUGUUGUCAGGGCGGACACGCUUGGCUGCCAGUGAUCCUGAUUGGGUUCAGGAGGAUCCCGAGCGUCAGGAACUGAUCGAAGGGGCGCCGCCCUCACCGUCCAUCUGGUUCUUAUUUCGCUUGAAGAUCGCAGCGGCGCUUUUACUGGUGGGCGUGGUUUCUUGGUGGAUUCCAAAAAUCCCGCUUGUAUUUGGUCGUGAUGCCACCGUUGGCGCUUCGGAUGAGACCUCAGGCUUCUCGUGGUCGCGAAAGGACGCCACCAAGGAAGCCCAGAAAACCACUGAUGAAUGGGAGAAGAGAGGAUGUCCUGACGCCCCAUUGCUGGACUUCUACAUGUACCGAGCCCAGACUGAUGAGAACUAUUCUCCGGUGAACCAGGACAUGGCGAACAUAGGUGGAAUGCUCUGGUAUUUGCACAACGAGAUUAUUUGGCAUCACUGGAUCAGGGUGGGAAGCUUCUCAAGCACCCCCAAGACGCGCUUGGAGCAGUGGAGGAUAAAGAUGCGACCCACCUGUCAGCUCUGGAACAAAGGUCUCACAUUCGGAAUCGUGAACGCCUAUGACCUGGGGGAGUGCACUGGACCCUUCAAGUGCCAAAACAUCAAGCACUACGGCCCCACCGUUGGUUGCGAAACCUGGGAUGAGGGCAAAAUGAGCCACUUCCCUCACGAGGAGUGGUUCCAUCGUGUGAAGUACCCACAUGCUGCCUGGUACAGUUUGCCUGGCGCAUGUUCCUCCAAAAAGUUUUGGGCCAAAGACAAGGGAUGCGCCCUACGGGAGCCCAGUGGUGCCUGCCCAGACGGAGUCGAAGAACCCACAGGGGAGAUCGACUGCACCUACACAUACAAAAAGGUUGGAGAGAUUAGCAUCGAUGAGCUGGAAGGCAUUAGCAGCUUUGAUGAUCUCAUGAAGAAGGGUGGCUAUGAGUAUAGCCGCAGCGCCGACAAGGGAAAGAUGCUGCACUUCUGGGAUAACAUCAACUCCACUGACGCUAAUCAGAGGCGCAUAGACAUCACCCUGAAAAAGUUCAUGGACAAAUAUCCAGAUCAUCCUUACCUGGAAGAUCCGACUUGUGAUUUCGAUCCACGAAUCUUCUUUCCCCACUGGCCCAAAGGGGACUUUCACUGA